AUGGGAAAAAAUCAAAAUACACAAUCAUCAUCGGAUGAUGACGAUGACUUAGAAGAAGAGGAAUUUAUUGUUGAACGAAUAUUAGAUCGAAGAAUUAAGAAUAAUGUUGUUGAAUUUUAUUUAAAAUGGAAAAAUUUUCCAGAUACAGAAAAUACCUGGGAACCAGAAACGAAUCUCGAUUGUCCAGAUCUUAUUGCUGAAUUUGAGCGUACAAGAGCAAGACAACAGACAGAAAAAUCAUCGCCAUCGAUAAAUGCAACAAAUACUAAACGUCGAAAUUUGAGUCGAGAUGACGAUCAAGAUUUUCGAUCAGCACCAAAUCAAAAUCUUGACAAUAGUAAACGUAAACGAGCAAACGACUAUGGAUAUGGACGUGGUUAUGAUAUUGAAAAAAUUCUUGGAGCAACAGAUGUUUACGGUGAACUGAUGUUUUUAAUCAAAUGGAAAGAAACUGACAAACCAGAAUUGGUUCCAGCUCGAAUAGCCAAUGUUAAAUCACCUCAAAUGGUGAUUAAAUUCUACGAAGAACGUUUGACAUGGGCUAAUACGGAAGAAAAUUCCACAAUUAUAAACGAAAAAUAA